ACGGCUCUGCUUAUUGCCUGUUUGAUUUCAGGGCAUUCCGCAGACUAACACGCGUAAAAAUGCUGAUAAGGAAAAUCUCUAGUAAAGAAAUCACGUAUUUUGACAAGACCGCCGGGCAUUGGUGAACUGCGUUCAGACCAGUGGAAUCUAGCCGAGAUAACCGAAUUGAUCCACACUGCUUUCCUGGUGCAUCGUGGGAUAGUGAACCUAAAGGAGUGGACCAAUUCUGAUGGCCCACUGAAGGACAUGCAGUUUGGAAACAAAAUGGCUGUCUUAAGUGGAGACUUCCUUCUCGCCAAUGCAUGUACUGGUCUAGCGCAACUGAAUAACACCAAGGUGGUUGAACUAUUAUCAAGUGCUAUCGGCGACUUGGUGCAAGGUAUAUAUUAUGAAAACUCUAUACAGGGGGAGGAGAACAACAUGACGGAUAACAUCAAAAUAGCUUCAUGGGAGGAGCAGGCCUUUUUAUCCCAUGGUGCUUUGCUGGCAAAGAGCUGUCAGGCAGCAAUGGAGUUAGCUAAACACGACGCCAAGGCCCAAGCAUUGGCAUUUCAGUACGGCAAACACAUGUCCCUCGGCCACAAGUUGAACUCGGACCUGCAGCCCUUUCUUAAAGGUAGUUCGAGUGACACUGUGUCUUUUAGUUUAAAUUCAGCUCCUGUCAUCCUGCACCAAGAAACGAUUGGCCGUGAAGGAUGGACUCACCAAAUUGAUCAGAUCUGCAUGGGCUGUUCAAAGAGAAAAGCGGAGAUGAGGAGGAAGAAUAUAUACAGCAGCGCUUUCAUAUAGUGCAGCAACUGAAAUUGUGACCACUAUUCAUAAAACACCGAACCUAUUUCUGGAAGAGACUGAAAGGCACUACAUGAACACACAGAGUAAAUCUUCAGUGGCACUCUAUCUGCUGGUUUCAUAGACCCCGAUUUAGCAGUGAUCUUGGACUACCUAGUGGCAAAAUGAGGUACUGCAGAGCAGAGAUGGCGAUUGACAUAACCACUGAUUUUACUACUUGUUACAAAUACUGGUAUGUAUGGGAACACGUGGCAUCUAAUACACUACAGUGUGGUAAGCUUGAAUCUGCUCAGCAACUGUAGUUUGAAGCAAAAGGCUAGAGGUUAAAGCUAGAGAACAAAAGGUUAGUAGCUCAUCAGCAGCAUCAACCUUUUUCUACCUUUUCUUGUUAUUUUAAUUUGUGAUGGAAAAGACGGAGGUAGCAGUACAUUAUUUCCUGGGGAAAAUCGACAGCAGUUUUAUUAUAAAAUCUAAAAAAAAAAAAAUGAGACUAAUAAUGCAUCAGCAAGGUUGCCUAAGAAGGUUAAAUUUAAAUGCCAGGAAAUGCCAAACAUGUUAGUGUUGGGGUGUUCUAGGGCUGGUGGUAUUAAGCUGCUACCUGCAGAUGUUUUUAAAGGGAAUUUGCUCCUGCAUCUGUUUAAACUACUGCCUUGAGCAAAAAUAUUCUUUUAGUGAGAAUGCUUGUAACAGAAAAUAUGAAUUACUGCAUGUAUCAAUGGCUUUCAUUGCGAUUCAUGUUUUUCCAGGCUCUGUUUUGAAAAUGGUGCUUUAAAAAGCCUCUCUAAUUACCCCAACUGGCAUUGUUGUUAGAAACAAAGUAACUUGUUUUGUUUUUUCUCUAGCCUUCAGAUUAAUAUGCAUUUGGUGUUCUGUAGUUGCAGCCAAUGCACGAUUAGGAAUUACAGUGCAUUUAUUUUUUCUUUUGGAAAUACCAGCCCAUACCUUGGAGCAAUUUAAGGAGAAAAUAAAACAUAAUUCUGUAUGAGAAACACAUUUCAGACUUGAGUUUACAGAAUAAAUUAAAUGACCUAUAUCUGUGUAUUAAUGUUACAUUUAUAAAUCUCAUCGAGACAUUUAAAGGGUUAGAUUGUUUUGUUAACGCUGACUUGCUGUUAAUCAUUUUGUUUUGUAGACUUUUUUUUUUCACUUCGACUGUGGUGAAACUCAUUGCACAAUAAGUGUCAUGGAUGUUUUUGGUCCCAUUCAUCUGUGUUAUAAGGUAAUGUGAUCCCACGUAACAUCACAAUGUUACUGAUGUGCUGCAAAGAAUGCAUAAGGGUCAGGUGGGAACAUUUAUUCGUGUUAUGGCAAGAAGAAAUUACUUUUACUUGAGUCAAAGUGAAAAUAACCUCUGGAAAACAAAAUAGUAAACUGCAAAACAAUAAGGAACGUGCGUGUGAAUGUUGUUGAUAUGCUGAUGACUAUUCAUGAAAUCUUCAGUAUUCUGAAUAAUGUAAUAGUGCAUUAAUUUACUGCAGUAGGUCAUAUAUAUUUUUUGUUUGUUUGUUUGUUUUCUUGUAAGUUGUGGAGAGCAAUCAAGGCUGGCAAAGGCGUGAGCACUGCAAUCGACUUGUGCUGUUACCAUGGAAACAAAGCACUUGAGGCCUUAAAGUGCUUCCCGCCCUCUGAGGCCAGAUCUGCAU